AUGGCGGCCACUAAUAUAUUGAAAGCGUUAAAGUUUUACAAGAAGGAGGGUUUCGCUCAACUCAACGACUCGUACUUUCCGUCCGAGUUUUACGCCACGGGUUAUCUCAUUAACCACGGGGUCGACAAACAGGGCGGCCCUCUCAUCGGCUUUUGUAACCGUUGUUUCAAUUCAUACCGAGAUAUUAGCGAUGAUAUGUACGAAUUGGGCCGAAGAUAUAUGUUAUACAAUGUGUAUAAAACUCGCAUAGAGUUGGACCCAAAGCCCCGGACCACAUACGUGGCCGCAGAAGGCGCUGCUUAUAAUAAUUUUGAUAUAAAAAUGCUGACAAAUAUUGUGGAUUUUGUCAAUGAUUUUAUGCCUAAUACUCCGGGAAGGCUUAUUGUGGCGGAUAUGUCACCGCUGAUGAUAAUGACAUUCAAAGUGUUGGUCAAUCUAUUGAAGGAUUCAUUUCAACAGAUGCUUACGUUUACAACAAUGAGUGAAAUAAGGAAAUGGAUUGAUUAUCAACAGAUCCCGGCAUAUAUGGGCGGAAAUGUGCAAGAUUUUAAACGUAUACCCGAUGGGGUUAAGAGUGGUAAAUGUCUACACCAUUUGAAAUACAUCCCGGAUUCUGAUUGGCAGGCAUUUAUUGACCACAAUAUUAUGUGUAUCAGAGAAGGCAUGAAAGAAUUGGGCUUUAAAUCACAGGAAAAGUACUUAAGGGUUCGCCAAAUGGUCAUAGAUCAUGUGGGUAUGCACCCCGAUCUAUAUGAUGAAAUGGACAUCGAGCACAUUCGUAAUAAAGACUAUAUCAUUGAACGUGAGGGUUUGGCUCAACUUAACGACCAAUACUUUCCGGCCGAGAUGUAUGCGACGGGUUUUCUCAUCCGAUACGGAACGGACAAAAAGGGCGCACAACUAAUGGGGUUCUGUAACCGGUGUUACGUACCCUUAGCUGAUAUUAGCAGAGAUAUGUGGGAUUUGGGCCGAAAAUUCCUGUUGUAUUUUGUGUAUAAGAGUCGCAUAGAGUUGGACAAUAAGCCCCGCGCUGUAUAUGUCUCAUCGGAAGGAACCAUCGCGGCAAAUUUUGAAAUCUCAAUAAUGAGACCUGCGAUCGAUUUUGCUAAUGAGUUCAUGCCGUCCACUCCGGGCAAUCUACUAGUGCUGGAUCUGCCCGCCAUUCUUAGGGUGACGUUCAGAAUGAUAGUAAGCCUAUUGAAUGAAUGGUUUAGCGGUUCAGUGAUUUUCACAACAAUGCGUGAAGUAAAGCAAUGGAUUAGUUAUAGUGAAAUUCCCGAAUAUAUCGGCGGAAACUAUAAUAACUACUCGAGAAUACCUGAAGGAGUAAAGAGUGGUAAAUGUCUGAAGCAUUUGAGUUAUAUUCCGGACUCAGAUUGGGAUAUGUUUUCCGACAAUAAUAUUGUUUGCAUCCGAGAAGGCAUGAAAGAAGCGGGCAUUAAGUCGCUGGAUAGAUAUUUAAGAAUAUCAUGUUGA